GUGAAGAGCAAUGAUGAACUUGAACAUGGAACCUUUAAACAAGAAGCGAGGGAAAUUAUUCUACAUUUCGACCUCCGCCUCAGAUGAUCAGCAAGCGAGCUCAGUAGAGAGAGAAAUCUCUGAGGACGACGAUUCCUCCUGGUCCGAGUACAGCGAUAGCGGCGACGACGGCAGCAGCCAGCCAUUGAGCUUCGAGAAGCUCCCAAAGCGGUCUAUGUCCGCUGCUGGUGGCUUCACAUAUUUCCUCUCCAAUAAAUCAAUCUACCCAAGCGAGGAUAAGCUCAGCUUGCUCAGUACUAUGUUCAACAGCCAGCAGAACUUGGCAAACGGUAGCACCAACAACAAUAAUAACAAUAGGAGACUCCCCCCUCCCCCCAACGCGAACGAACUCGACUCCGACGACGACUCUGAUGAUGGUGGCAUAGAAUUCAAUGCACGGAACAGCAAGCGUCUCGAGCAACUUGCCAUAAAGCACAACAGCUCACGCUCGAACAGUAAUCCGGAUAUUUCCGCAAAGGGCGCACCCCGUGCGAUUAUGUCGAAAUCCUCACCUGCACAGUCUUCUAAAGAUAUUAGCUAUGCUUCGACACUAGUUGGCUCUGAGGAUGAUGCCCCGGUCGGUGCACGUCCCCAAUCACCCCGCACAAUUAGACGCAACAUGCUGGCCUCGGAACUGAGCGAAAGUCUCAGAAAGUCUAUCCUCUGGGAACGAGAAACGAGGGCCAGGAUGCUUCUCGGCGGGCACAACAACAGUUCUGGUAUGCUCAAUGCAAAGUUACAAGAAAAGUUUGCUCGCCAGGAGGCCGAAGAAAGGCUGAAAGAGGAGGAUGAACGUCAAGCUGAAGCUGAAGAACUCGAGUCAGCCACACACCUUGCGAGGAUGAAAAAUAGUGUCAGUUCUAUCAACACAUCUCACCGAAGGUAUAGGUCCACACCGGAACGUAGCGAUAAUCAAUACCCGACAAAAAUGUUGUCGACUACGACAAUCCAAAACCAACCAUCGAGUUCAUCAAUAGCUGGUAGAAAUCUUACAGAGAACGACUUAUCCAAGUAUCGUAGAACUCGGCGAUCGACGAAUCCUUACUUAUCUUCGUCACCUGAUUAUCACGGUUCCGGCUGGUAAUCUGGCUUGCAUAGCGCACUGUGCUAUAGUACUCUCGUGCUCAUUUCGUAUCGUUAAAGUGAAACAAACCAACAGACAUCUAGCUCAAUCGUUUUAGUGUUAUUUUAACGUCAAUGCAAAGUGUUGGCGGUGUAUUUUUACUCUUAUACCUGCAUCAAAGCGUGAAUUAAUAGAAUAUACUCAAUUUCUACUUUCUUAGUUUUAAAACUUCACAAUUGUACAAUUUUAGCUGUUUUUACACAA